AUGUCGCACCCGGACAUUGUCGAACUCUCCAGUCCUUAUAGCUCAAACCCAUAUCUUUUUGGUUCUGGUUUUGGUUCUGAGAGCGGUCAUCAGUCGCCAACUAGGUCAUUCCGCUUGGGCCGAAAAGGUUCAUCUGUCACAUACGAUCCUAUUCUCACCCCCCAAGAUGAAUAUGACCGCCGGCGAUUGAGGCCGGGUGUAAACAGCCUCCCACCGGCAUCUACCAAUCUUGGACCGGGCAGGGUUGGCAAGUUUGGAGUGGAUUUGAUCCUGGAGGUCAUCCUCUGCACACUUGCCGUGGGUGCUUCGGUUCCAUUCAUUUGGCUUGCAGUGGUGGUCUCAAGGUACGACCAUGACCCAGUCACGGAGCACAAGACGAAUUACAUCCGACAGGCCACGAGCACGAUUUCUACUCUGUUCACAAUUCUCUUCGCCGCCGUCCUAGGCUCGACACUCAAACGCUUCGCAACAUGGCGACUGGAAAGAGGGAUUCGGCUUGGUCUGCUCGAGCAAAUAAUGCAAAGCAGAACUGUGUUCUCGGCUCUUACGGCCCAACUGUCCCUGCGCAAUAUCAAUGCCAUGUCCCUUGUGCUGCUGGUGUGCUGGACAUGCUCCCCCUUGGGCUCCCAGGCUUCACUGCGCCUAUUCUCGACUGGCAUCGAGCUGAGCACGAGUAGCGGUCUAGUCAGCUAUCCAGACACCAUAACUAACCAGGUCUUCGACGGCGUAUCCGGCGUUGAUUCGCUCAUGACAGCGCUUAAACCCACGUACAUCAGCUCCAUGUUGGCAUCGAAUGCCACAAAGUCAGGCACAAUGGAUCUCUGGGGCAACGUGAAAAUCCCCUGGCUCGACGAAACGCUCCCGCAAGAUCAAGACGGCUGGACCGAUCUUUCCAACACCGACAUACCAGAGGGUAUGUACUCUUCUCUCGUCGGCCUGCCCGUCUCAUCUUUAGCAAACCGCAACUCGUCAUUCAGCAUCGAGACGACUUACAUGACCCUGGACUGCAAACUGUCCCAGCCCGCCGAACUAGUCGACAUCAACUACAACGUGACCGCCGGCAACGGCACGUUCCUCGGGGCCAACGCGACGCGCCUCGAGACGGCCAAUGUCAUCUACCCUUUCUGGCGCGUGGCGAUGAACCAAUUCGUCAACAACAACCUCUACUUCUACGGCUACCCUGAGCUGCUGGUCAACGUGACGGACAACGACCUUCCGCAGGCGACGUUCCUCUUCCAGACGCGCGGGCCGUGGGUAUCGCGGUGCAAGAUCAACCAGGAGUACGUCGAGAGCAACGUAUCCUGCCGGACGACGGUGGCCGCGAGGUCGUCAUCAGGGCUCGUUGACGUUGGUGGCGAGGGCGGCAACACGCUUCUCCCCAGCUGCGCGGUGCUCGCCCAACGUAAGUCAACCCGUCGACACUCUCCCUCCACAGUCACGACAUUCAGCUUCCCGACGACGUUCGACUCGAUGGCGUCGUACUGGAUCAUGGCGACCGACCCGCUGCUCAGCUCGGCCUACUCGAGCCUGAGCGAGUACUACCUGCAAAACACGUCGGCGAGCUUCAUCCUCAGCGGCAACGGGCGCACCUACGCCGACUACAGCGACGUCAGCGACGGUGACUUCUCGCACCGCCUCGCCCAGCUCAUGAACACGUGGGUGCUCGGCGGCCAGGUGUCGGCCGACACCAUGGCCUUCUACGGGCUCGACCGCCGCACCGCCACCGUCGUCUACACCGACGCCGCCGAGGUGUACGUGGUCUCGCGCCCGUGGCUGGCCGCCUACUGCGCCAGCACCGCCGUCAUGCUCGUCGCCGCCCUCGUCGGCAUCUACUGCGCCUUCGACACCACCGUCCCCGACGUGCUGGGCUACUGCUCCACCCUCACCCGCGACAGCAGGCACUUUGCCUUUGCGCGCGGCGGCUCCACCCUCGACGGCGCGGCGCGCACGAGGCUGCUCGGUGACUUGCGGCUGAAGAUGGGCGAGGUUGUCGUGCCGUCGCCGCCGCCCGAUGACGACAACUACAACCACGACAACAGCGGCGGCAGCAGUCCGCACCCACACGACGACAUAUUACAAGCCGGGGAAAGCAGCCAACACCACCAUCAGCAUCGCCGCCGUCACCGGCACCGGCAGCACCAGCAGCAGCUGCAGCCUUUUCGGAACGAUUUCGUCAACGACUUUUCAUAUAAUCCGAGAUCGGAAAGGGCCGCGUCUCUUGCAAUCGCUCCGCCUGAGUACGUGAAGACACCCAAGAGGGGAAUGCUGUAUUCUUGA